AUGGCCGAACUUUUGCUCUCUGCAAUCCUUCCUGUGUUGUUUAAAAAACUUGCGUCCCCUGAGUUAUUCAAUUACUACGCUAGUAAAGGAUGGGUGAAUUCCGAGCUGAAAAUGUGGGAAAAGAAGUUGAAGAAAAUUGAGGCGGUUCUCUGCUCUGCAGAAGAGAAGCAACUGAUGAACCAGGCUGUGAAAAUGUGGCUGGACGAUCUUCAAGACUUGGCUUAUGAUGUGGAGGACUUACUGGAAGAGUUUGCCUUUGAAGCUGCACGGCACAGCUCCAAUCCUAUUUUCAAGAAUUUCACUCCAGUUGCUAUUAAGUUCGAUUUGAACCUGCGAUCCAGGAUAAAAGAUAUUAAUAGGCGGUUCGAAGUUCUCUAUAAUGAAAGAGCUCAACUUGGAUUAAUGCAGGAGAACUUUGGAGGUAUAUCAAGUACCGCGCUUCCUGCUCAGCAAGGACUUGAUCCAAGACCACCAAGCUCUAGUCUGCCAACUGAACCCGCUAUUUACGGGAGAGAUGAAGACAUAAAGGAAAUCCUUAAGAUGUUGUUAAGUGAUAAACCAGGUGAUUCUAACUUUGCCGUGAUAGCUAUCGUGGGCAUGGGAGGACCUGGAAAAACUACGCUUGCUCGAGAAGUGUAUAACGACAAGACACUGGAACAUCUCAAGUUUGAGAAGAAAGUAUGGGUUUCUGUUUCACACAAUUUUGAUGUUUUGAGCAUCUCAAAGUCAAUUCUGGAGUCAAUAAGACCUACAUCUAGCAAUCUGAAUACUUUAAAUGAAGUGCUAGAUAAACUGAAAGAGGAAAUACAUGGAAGAAAAUUCUUGCUAGUCUUAGAUGAUGUCUGGAAUGAGAAUUACAGCUUAUGGGAAACCCUGAAGUCUCCAUUCAAGGAUGGUGCAACGGGAAGCAAGAUGAUUGUUACUACUCGCAAUAAAAGAGUACCAUCAAUAAUGGGAUCCUCUGAACCUCAUGAUUUAAUGCCUAUAUCAGAUGAAGAUUGUUGGAGCUUGUUUUUGAAGCAUGCACCAUUGAGUAGUAUGGACAAUAUUGAUGCUCUCAGAAUAACCAGUUUAUUUUGUGAGAGAGUUGUUAAAAACUGUGGAGGCUUGCCCUUGGUGGCAAGGACUCUAGGCAGCCUUCUACGUCAUGAGCCGAGAGUUGGUGCAUUGGAAAAUAUAUUAAAUAACAAAAUAUGGGAUUCACCUGAUCCAAGUACCGUUCUUCCUGUGUUACGAUUAAGCUACCAUCAUCUUCCUUCACAUUUGAAAAGGUGUUUCGCUUAUUGUGCAAUUUUUCCCAAGGAUUAUGAAUUUGAGGAGAAGGAACUUGGCCUUUUGUGGAUGGAAGAAGGUAUUAUUCACCAAUCAACUAAGCAAAUGGAUUUGGCUGGUGAGUAA